GAGACGCAGCUGCGAACACCAGCGGGUCUAAAUCACAGAAAUGGAAACAUCCCGGGCUCAGCUCUCUCAGAUCCGGACUGCACAGCCCGCAGCCCCUCGGUCCCGCUCGCAGACGCUGGAGUUUUGUGGAUGAAUCCGAGGCAGUGAAGUGAAUCUUUGUCAUUUUAGGACUAAAUGAAGACAAGGCGGCCUGAGAUUACUCCGACGUGGAAGUUGAGCUAGCUUUAAAAACAAGAACAAAAGUGUUUGCUCUUUUGUUUUACCUUAAUAAAACUCAAAACGCAAGGCGUUUGGUUGGUUCCACUGACGUGGGAGUGUAUUUAAAUAAUUAUUGCUGCGAGAAGGAGCUAGCUAAGGAGCUAGCUGUUAGCUGCAGACAGGACUAGCUUUUGUUGCUAAAUUAACCAGAAAGUCUCUUAAAUGUAAAGAAACAAAACACAGAAUCCAGGGUUUUUUCAGCUGAGCAAAACACGUAUUUUAUCAGGAUAUAAGUUUAAUUUUUCUCAUUGGUUGGCUAAGUUUAACAGAUUAUUUAAACGUGAUUUGGCUCCAUGUAAAUCAUGUUUAUCCGUGUUUUAAUCUUUAUUUAAAGUAAACUUCACUAAGACACACUUAGGUUUAGUUUGUGGGUACCUGGUGGUUUUAGUUUACAUUGUUUUUUUGUUUUCUUUCUGGUGUGCACUACCUUUUGACCUAUAGCUUUUACUUCUUUUAUAUUUAACCUUAUCAAUAACAAUGAUUUGCUUUCCAAAACCUCUUUUUUGGGGAUCAUCUUAUUUUUCAACACUUCAUCUCUGAGACUGUGGCCCCUUAUUAGUCUGAUAUAUUCGCCGUUUAUUUGGACAACGUUUUUAAAAAGCUGUUCCUCAGCAUCCUGGCUUCAGAGAUGGGCACUCAGGGCAGCCCUGUGAAAAGCUACGACUACCUGCUCAAGUUCCUCCUGGUGGGAGACAGCGACGUGGGCAAAGGAGAGAUCCUGGACAGCCUGCAGGACGGAUCUGCAGAGUCUCCGUAUGCCUACAGUAGCGGGAUCGACUAUAAAACCACCACCAUCCUUUUGGACGGCCGGAGAGUGAAGCUGGAGCUGUGGGACACCUCAGGGCAGGGGAGGUUCUGCACCAUCUUUCGUUCUUACUCCCGCGGGGCUCAGGGAAUCCUGCUGGUGUACGACAUCACGAACAGGUGGUCCUUUGACGGCAUCGACAGGUGGAUCAGAGAGAUCGAUGAGCAUGCUCCAGGCGUUCCUCGGAUCCUCGUAGGCAACCGUCUCCAUCUGGCUUUCAAGCGGCAAGUUCCCACCGAGCAGGCGAGGGCGUACGCCGAGAAGAACUGCAUGACGUUUUUCGAAGUGAGCCCCCUGUGCAACUUCAACGUCAUCGAGUCCUUCACGGAGCUGUCGCGCAUCGUCCUGAUGCGGCACGGCAUGGAGAAGUUCUGGAGGCCCAACAGAGUCUUCAGCCUGCAGGACCUCUGCUGCAGGGCCAUCGUGUCCUGCACGCCGGUCCACCUCAUCGACAAGCUCCCGCUGCCCGUGGCCAUCAAGUCCCACCUCAAGUCCUUCUCCAUGGCCAACGGCAUGAACGCCGUCAUGAUGCACGGACGCUCGUACUCGCUGGCCAACCCGGCCGGGGGCUCCAAGGGCAACAGCCUGAAGCGACCCAAGUCCAUCCGUCCCCCACAGAGCCCCCCGCAGAACUGCACCCGCAACAACUGUAAAAUCUCCUAACUCCUGCCACGUGCUGGCUGGCAUCGGGAGGCAGACGGCCAGGGCCGAGGUAACCGGAGGGAGUCCCUGGCUGAACCUGAGGAGGUGAAGAGCAGGAAGCAGGUGGACCUGCAGCCUUCUGUAGAGCACAUUAAAGAGAACAGAGUACUCCCCAGGUGAGGGGGUAACGGAACAACUACAGACUCUUCGUUUGGAUUCUCACUACGCCCGUCUGCUAAAACUGAGAGACGAAGACUCCAGAAACGCUCAUCACUGCUGGAAUGUUAACUACAUGUACAGAAACCUCUCUCCACCCUUUAUUUACUACUCUACAUGAUGCACAACAUGUCUGUGCAUUUAGGCCAUCAACUCAAGGUUUGGUUUUUGUCACAACUGCUUUCUUCUUUCCACAUUUCUGUUGAAUUUCUGUUUCACUGAUUGAUAAGCUACAUUCAAAACACUAGAACGCCGUCGGUCCUCGAGCAGCACUUCGUUUGUCACCGUUUAUCCUCAGCUGAAGCUUCCAGAAAUUCUCCCCUAAAAAACCUGAUGGACACAAGCAGAAACCAAGUCUCGGCUCCGGCCUCGUCAGCGUGCCUUGAGUUUAACUUUUCACUUUUUCGUUGAAAGUCAGGUAUCCUUCGUGACGAAAACCCACCAAGGUUUAGGUUUUAACAUUCUGCUGUCACUGAGAUGCUCGUUACCAUGGAUACCAUGCAAAAAUGGCCUGAUUUAGGUCCUUUCAUCUUUUUGUGACUUUUAGUUCUGAUUUAAUUGAAGCAUUGGUGAGCAGAGCAAAACUAAAACUUGAAGAAACUUGAUUGCUGUGUGGAUCAGAGACAAAUGAUAUCAUUCAUGAAAUUGAUUACAAACUGAUUUUCUUUUGGUUUCUGAAGGACAAGGACGUUUGUCUGUAUUUUCUUUUGGUUUUUGUUUAGUUUUUAAGCAGCAAUCAAUCAGUAUACUGAACACACAACAUAUUGGUGGAAAAUAGAAAUUGUUAGGGAAUAUUUUCUGCAGUGAAUUAAUUAUUUAGUUCUUUGCUGGGGCUUUGGGCUGCAGGAUAAUGAUGAGGUUUGCAGCUCUCAGGCUCAGAUUAUCACCAGGCUGCUCCUUUAAAUAGACACUUCCAUCUUUGUUUGGAUAAAUAAGUGAUGCAUCUUUCUUUGACCCAGGAGCUUCUGGGAGCUCUGCAGAGAUGAGAUAGAGAAAGGCAGCUUCACAAAUUACAUUUAUUCUACCAUCACUCGUCUUCUUCUUUCUCAUUUUUGUUUUGGGAUUCAUCAUUUCUCACCUUACCCGUCAUCUCACACCUGUGGAAAGUAGUGAAACUCCUCACUGAAAUCCAGCGUGGUAGAAACAGUGUUACAGUCACAGUAUUGUUGGUACUAGAGAGGUCCUAUACCUCUUCAUGGCCCAAAGUUGAACCUUUAAAACAUUUUAUUAAACGUGGUUCAUGGUCAGAGUCUGAGCUGACCAGAGCUGCUGGUCCUCAGGAGGUUUUAGGUGGGAGGCCUCGCAGAAAACUGUCGUGUCACCUGUUAGAUGAUCUCACUCCUGUUUUCUGUUGGUUUCCGGAGCCUCCAUCUCUCCUGUGUCUGCUUUGUUUUCCACAAACACCAGAAGGGACCUGAAACCAGUCUGAACCGCUGGACAGCUGCCGCCAUCGUGGAAAAACAAUCACUCUUAUUGACAGUCAGCAGCGACCCUUAUUUACUGUUUUUCUGUCCUCUCUGAAUCUCUCUCAGCUACAUCCACAAUCACUCCCAUUUUGAGCCUUUUAAAAGGUGAAAUGAAAUAAGAUUUCCAAGAAAAAAGCUCUCUUAAAAACACUAAAAUGUGUAUAUUAACUAUAGUGAGCGUAUCAAUGUUUUAGCAGCAAAUGUAACUAAAAUUAUUGAUUUUAAUGAGAUUUUUAAAGAAAAGAAGAAAAAAACAGCCUUAGCCAUUUAAUAGUAGCCCCAAGUAUCUUCCGCUGAUAAUAAUUCAAUCAUGUUCUGAUCUUGAACGAUUAAUUGGAUAAAAAAACAGCAGGCAGCCUAACAUUAUCCCUUCAUGACUCCUCCGCAGCGUUCAGGUCCGUCACUCGUGACUUUGUUCAGCCCCAGCGCGUCUUCGUGUGUGUUUUUUUGUCGGGCUGAACGAGCGCUCGUGUAGAAACAAGUCUGAACACGUGAACUCUUCCAGGUCGCUGCUUUUUAGCCGCCAAACUGCUCCGACUGGAUCUCCUAGGAGACUAAAUGCAGCACAUCGUCGUCUGAUCUGCACCGGCGUCUCCACAUCCCGUCCCAUGAUUCACAGCCGCUGAAUUAUAGAUGCUCCUUUCAUGGAUCUCUGGAGGGCUUCAUCUCCGUCUCUCCUCGCUGUGCUUUCAUCCUCCACGGCGCUUGCUGCGAGGUUUAUUUCUCAUACUUGGCAUGUGUUUGUUUCCCCCGUGUGUAAUAACUGGGUUACCGGCAGGCGUUCAGCUUCGGCCUGUUUUGUUUUUAGUCGCUUCUCUUCAGGUGUUUUGUGGAAAUGCCUCUUUAAUUUCAACUCUGGUUCAUUCAGCUCUGGUUUUGUUUAUUGACUCUUCAUCCAUCUGCUUCUUUUCUACCCGCUUUCAUCUCAGAAAGCUGUCAAAGCCCUCAGACUUAAAGAUCUCAAGAUUUUGAGAAGAUUACUGCAACGCUGCUUGUCCAGAGAUGGAUUAUUUCAUAAUUUAGAUCCCAUAUUAGUGUUUUCACACACUUUUACAACAUUUUCUGCAAAACAACACUGCUUUAAGACCUCUUCAAACAAAACUACUUGCAGCCUUUUAUCACUUUUAGCACCUCAAGUAAUUUAAUUUUAGUCCUAUUUAUCCAAAUUUCAAAACUUUUAUCCCAGUUAUUUUAGAAACUCAUCAUUGUGCUUUUUUUUUCCUUUUUUAUCCUAAAUGAACAAACUGCUGAACAUGUUCACGGUAGCCUUCAACUGUCACUGCUGCUGGCGCGUCGUUAGAAUAAUGAAAAUGAUCAAGUGUAUGAGUGAUGAGGAUCAUAGGAAAUGGGAUAAAACCUGCAGAUAACUGCAGAAAACUAAUUUGAUAUUUUAGCAUCAAAGACAACUAAAACAUAUGAGAUUGUUUGAGGACAGUUUUAAUGCAUUUCUGCUCGUAACGUUUCCUUUCUGCACACAUUUCCCUCCUUUUAUGGCCAGCCCCAGUAACGGAUAUUAAACACACACAGUUGUGGUUUAGGGGAGCGACUCUUGAGCUUGUUGCCAAGACUUACAUUUUUACCUCCAGUUCUCUGAUGAACAGAGACUUUUAUUGUUGUAAAAACCCUCCUGUUUUGUGUUGAUGUUUUCAAUCAUUUCCUCUGUUGUUUUUGCUUUUUCCUCAAGUUUAUUUGCUGAACUCUAUCUCUCCUGAGCUGAGCUCCCAGUUUUAAAAAACAUUAGACGUUUGAAGAGGAUUCUGGGAGAUUUGGACUCAGGACCCCGUCAGGGCUGACCUCUAAUUUCGCCUGUUAUGUUCCGAAUUUGUUUGUUUAAAGAAUUCUGUCUAAAAGAAAAGUGACCUGAAAAGACACUAUUCCUGUUUUUUCAUUUGGGCUGAAGCUGCUGAGUUAUCUGUGUGUGUGUGUGUGUGUGUGUGUGUGUGUGUGUGUGUGUGUGUGUGUGUGUGUGUGUGUGUGUGUGUGUGUGUGUGUGUGUGUGUGUGUGUGUGUGUGUGUGUGUGUGUGUGUGUGUGUGUGUGUGUGUGUGUGUGUGUGUGUGUGUGUGUGUGUGUGUGUGUGUGUGUGUGUGUGUGUGUGUGUGUGUGUGUGUGUGUGUGUGUGUGUGUGUGUGUGUGUGUGUGUGUGUGUGUGUGUGUGUGUGUGAGAGAAUGCGAGCGAUUAUGUCCUUCAAACACUAAGCUGAAUAUUGUUCUUUUUUUAAAUUAUUGAUUGUACAGUUCAAGGCAAUGCGUAUGAAGAGAUUUUUUUCACAAUAAAAUUAAUGAAUG